UUGAAUAGUUUAGUCGCUCGCGCGGCCGCAUGAUGUACAGACUCUCCUCUAACGAUCUUCGCGGCAUGAACAAGUCCUAAAGAUUUUUUUUACGUUUAGUGCAAAAUAAUAUUUUUUUGAAUUGUUGCUACUUUUAAUUCCCGUGUGUACUGUGCCGCAACAGUGUGAGGCUCUCUUGUUGCAAUUUAGCGUGAGUCAGUGGAAUUAGAGGAAAUCGCGGAAAAUAAAAGAAAUGUAUUCAGUGUCACUCAGUGUGGUGCUACUAAUAGGAUCACAGUGAAUUUAAAUCAAUCCUCAAUUGCUUCGGCUAUUCGAUGAAUCUGGUCUUGUACGCGAAAGUACAUUACACCCGAUAAAUUGCUCAUUGUGCCUUCACAGUAGACUUCAAUAGUGUCAAUAAUUCUAAAAGUAAAAUGCCUCAGUUUUAAAUAAGGCGCAGUCAGAAAUAGUUGGUGUUCUUUGCGCUUCUGUUUGGUGACAUAUUUUAAGUUACUUACAAACUCACUCUUGCGGUUGGUUUUGUAUUACAUUUAAGCGAUUAGGAUCUCCGCAGUUUUUUUUGCGCGCACGCAAAUUAUCGCGAAGAAAACCGCGUGAGUGUGCGAUGGAGUUAAUAGUCCACACGUGAGCUCACUAAUUUAGGAUUUUUUAAUUCGUUAUAUACAUCAAAUUACAUAUGUAAAUAUAGUGGAGUUUUCCCUGGACAAGGAUUAAUCGAAAAUGCUGGACACAUCUCAAUAUGCGAGUGCAUCGUCAUUCAAUUAAAAUGCAUUCAUUUGCAUCUGAUACACAAAAACUAAACAUCGCAAAGUGCACACAGAGAUAAAUAUCGUGCAUUUGCAAUAAAAUACGCGGCAAUGCUGUCGCUGAAGUUAACUUGCUGACUGGAAAAUAUGUGGCGGGACCCAAAUGGUUCAAUUCGCAAGUGUAACAAGUUGCCAUUUCUCGGACAUUCAUUUCCCAGAGAUUAUCGAGCCUUUCAGCCCAUCCCAGUUUGCAAUAUUAUGUAUUUUGCAGUGUAAUGCCCCGUAGCGGGUGCAAAAUGCCAAAAUUCAAAUAAAACACCAACAAAACUAAUCAGUGAAAACGCGCAUUGUGGCAUUUUUCACCUUUUCUGACAUACCAAAAACAUUGAAUGGAAAUGAAAAAUCGCACGAAGAUCAAUUCCCCGAUAUCCAUUCCAGGACAUGCUAGUCCCAAAAAUGCAGCAUAUCCAUCCAUUUCUGCGGCAUAUUGGUUGCCAGCACCAAAUCCAACUCCAUACCUCGUUCCAGAUCGGAAGCUCUUCGUGGGGAUGUUGAGUAAAAAAUACAACGAGCAGGAUGUGAGGCAGCUCUUUUCUGGACACGGUGCCAUUGAGGAGUGCACGGUUUUGAGGGACCAAAAUGGACAAAGUAAAGGUUGUGCCUUCGUCACGUUUGCCACAAAGCAAGCAGCCAUAAGUGCUAUUAAGGGUCUGCAUCAGUGCAAGACAAUGGAGGGUUGUUCGGCACCCCUUGUAGUCAAAUUCGCCGACACCCAGAAGGACAAGGAGCAGAAGAGGCUACAGCAACUGCAGGCAAGCCUGUGGACGGCACCCAGCACAAAUGGCCUUACAAUGCCACUCACGCAGUCCGCCACGACGAUAGCGUCGCCUGUUCUACCAAAUCCUCCACAGCAGCAGAGUCCAUUCUUGGCGGCUGACGCCAUUCCACCUUCGCAGACUCUGCAGCUCUUCCAGCAGCUGCAGGGCCUUCAAACUGUUGGUAUUCAGCAACAGUUGCUCCAAGGUUUAGCAUCAUCAACACCGGAUCCGACUACAACCCCUACGGCAGGACUCCUUGCACCAAUGUCUAUGCAAAAUGUGGUUGCUCUCGCGGCUAUGGGUCAUGCGGUGCCCCAGUCGACGUCUCCGCAGCCACCUCUGGCCGCCAUGACGCCCAUCUCGGCCGCCACAGCGAUCGCCGGGAAGCCACUUUGGCCGACAAGUGCUGAUAGUUUGCCAGUUGCCUAUACAGCUGCAGCAACGACUCUACCGGGAUUGGGAACAUCUGCUGCGGCUUUUCCCGCACAAUUAGCUCCUACUGCACUUACAUCCGUUGCUGGAAAGCAAAUUGAAGGUCCUGAAGGCUGCAACUUGUUCAUCUACCAUCUACCGCAGGAGUUCACUGAUACAGACCUAGCGACGACGUUCUUGCCCUUUGGCAAUGUAGUCUCGUCAAAAGUUUUUAUAGAUAAGCAGACAAAUUUGUCAAAAUGCUUCGGUUUCGUUUCCUAUGAUAACCCUAAUUCAGCUCAGGCAGCCAUUCAAACCAUGCACGGUUUCCAGAUUGGCUCCAAACGACUUAAGGUCCAACUGAAGAGAACCAAAGAAACCACGAAGCCAUAUUGAACUUACAUCCCUUCUCAAUGUUAUUCUGUAAUUUUAUUAAGAAAACUUUAUGUAUAAAGGGUUGGCGUAUGAUUAAGUAAGGAUUGGGUAAAAAUCUGAAAAGGUUAAUUAAUGGUUCAGGUGAAGUCUUAAGUAAACUAUUACAGAUUCGUCAAACAUUGUGAAUUUUGUUUAAGGAAAUAAAUGGAAAAGGUUGUAACGUUUUACCAAGUGAAGGGUUUGAAUUAAAUUCAUCUGAAAUUAUAUUUUAAAAAAAUCUUACUUAAUGUAAAAGUCAACCCUUAAUUUGUUACCCAUUAGAUUAGGUAUCGAAAGAGAAAAGCUAAGAAAUAUUUUAUAAAGUAGUUCCGAUCGUUCAAAUUGUUCAAAUAAGUCCAAAUACGGACACUUAGCGAGGUCUUACAAAAAUGGUUUUCCGACAAUUUUUUUUUUCAAUUUAGAUUAUUCAUUUCAAUAAAAAACUACAUAGAUUUAAAAAUAAUAUCAAAAUAAAUCUACAGUGCCAGUAAACCUCACAAGCAUCUAUCUAUUACUUAAACUAUCUACAAAUGAACCGAUUUUAGAGCUUACAGGCAAUGCUAUGUACUUAUAGAAAAAAACGCGUCAGGAAUCUUCCAUUUUCGAAGUGUUAGAGUAAUAUAAUAAAAUCUGUACUUAAGAAAUUUUUGAAAAAUAUUUUAAAAAGGGGUUUCGAAAUAGAAUACAAAUUCAAUUGCCAAAUUCCUAAUUUUUAGUAGAGCGACUAUAUAGGAAGUUUCUUCUAAUUAUAUACAAAAUUAUUGUAAUCACCAAAGAAAAAUUUAAAUGUAGCAAAUAAAAUUAUAUACAACUUUAAAAAAAAA